AUGACUGAAAGCUCACAUUCAUGUACCGGUCACACAGUUUUUCACCAAUCAACCCACCAAAAUUUAAGUGAAAUGGAUUUUGAGAGAGGGAUUUGGGGUGCUUCCACACGUGGUGAUAUUGAUCGCGUUCGGAAAUUGUUAGAUAAACAUAUAAAUGUUAAUAUACCAGACAGUUAUGGGUACACAGCUCUGCAUUAUGCUGCUAGAAAUAAUCAUAUAGAUAUUUGUAAUGUAUUAUUAGAAGCUGGGGCUGAUAUUUUCGCCAAGACAAGAAAUGACGGGGCUACACCUGGACAUCGAGCAGCGUAUGCAGGACAUCUUAAUAUUUUAAAACUGCUUGUCGGUAAAGGAGGAGCACCAGUUUUAGAAUCUCGUGAUAACUAUGGUAGGAACUGCUUGCAUCACGCGUACCGGGGGAAACAGAAAAAUACAAUAGAUUGGUUGUUGGAGAGCUAUCCUAAUCUAUCUAGUACUAAAGACAACAAUGGUCUUCUUCCUGACUCCGUUGGUCAAUCAAACAAUGAAGUUCACUGUCAUGAAUUAAAUAUAUGGUCUGUGGUAGAUAAAUAA